AUGUUUGCGUGGAUUGUGCUCCUUACGAUAUUUCAAAACGAAAAUGCAAAUGAAAUAUAUAUUUCUAAAAUAAUUGAAUUCGAAGAAGCUGAGAAAAGCCAUCUCAAUGAUGAAUCACUGAUAGAGUGCGUCGUGGAUCUUACCCAAAUUACAAUUAUCUUUUCACCAACCAUACUGAUUCUUGAAUCAGAUACUGAUGACAAUUAUUAUGAUAUAUUUUUUAAGAAAAUGAUUGAGACUUUUGCCAAAAGAGACAUUCCUAUUACAAUACAGGAUAAAGGCAAUCACGACGUGAACCAAACACUUGACGUUUACGUCGGCAACGUUAUUGUUAUUGUACAUUUCGAAAAUAGUCAAACGCUUUUUGACUUUGAAAUAUAUCGUACAGACAAAAGAGUUAAAUAUCUUGUAAUUAUUUCUGAACUAAUAGAUGAUUUGAAAUUACAAGCUUUUGUACGACGAUACAUGGAUCGUGAUAUAACUUUUAUCAUACCGGAUCCGAAAGCUGAUAAAUAUUAUGUUAUUACUUUCCCACCGACGAUGAAUGAAAAAACGUGUGAACCUGUGGAGAAAUUUGAACCAAAUAUAAUAAAUAUCUGUCUUAACGGCACCUUAGAAACGGAUGUUAUUUUCCCUGAAUUGAUUAAAGCGAAUUUCAGAAAUUGUACGCUCAGAGUGGGCAUGGCUACAGUGUUUCCGUUUUCGAAGAUUCCAAAUGAGCAUAAAUUGAAAAAUUACGAAUUGAUACCCCAAAUUGAGGGUAGUGACGUGGAAAUUAUUAAAAUAAUCGCUGAUUACUUCAACGCGUCAAUAAUUUGGCAUUAUUUAGACAGUACUGACAGUAGUUCUGAUUUACCAAAUUUUUUUUUAAAUGGAAGCUUGGACUUGUCCGCUGGUGGGCUGUACAGAAUCUAUGGCGAUCGCGUGUCUUACUCUGGAAUAUAUGCAAUGCAAGCUGUGAUCUGGAUUUAUGCCGCCCAUAGGCCUGGCCGUUCUUGGGUCAAUUUAGUACACAAAUUGAACGAAAUAUACUUUUUUGACAUCUUUUAUUUAUUGUACUCAAUUACAUCAUAUUGUUUUCGCAAAUACGACAAUGAGAAAUGCUUUUUUAGAGACAUCAUAUUGUACAGCUGGGGUGCACUUGUGGGGACAUCGUCUUUGCCAGAACCUAAGUCUUUCAAACAUAAGAUGUUAGAUGUAUUCUAUUUGAUACUAUGUAUGUUUGUGUCAUCUUAUAUGAACAUUCAAUUGGUUAGUUUCUUAACAAUUGAUGGACCUUCGAUCUCUUUUAAAACCAAUGAAGACGUUAUAAACUCCGGUCGUAUUCCUUAUUUGCAUCCAAUAAAGAAGUACUUUAUACAGGAGAGUAAAUAUUUAGCUUUUGCUAACACGUCGAAGGAUUGCGGUGAUUUCUUUGAUUGCAGCGUCAAGGUACUUGAAAGCGACGGUGUGACCGUGAUAUUAGAUGAAUACUUUUACCUCUUGCAAGCAUCUACGGCCGUCAAGGAUGAAGCUAAGAUACUAAGAGCUACGCACAGGAUAAUUACUGUAUAUCAAGAAAUCUUGGUCAAGAAAGACAGUUUGAUUGUGACGGGGUCCCAAAAAGUUCUCGAGAGAUUAUUUGAAGCUGGUAUUUGCAACCAUCUUUUUAGACAAGCUAUUGGUAUAACCGUGGUGGCGAAGGCUAACAGUGCCAAUCAAGUAGCGCUCAGUAACAGCUAUAGUUGUCUUUCGGGCUGCGCCAUUACUCUUUCGCAAGUUGGGGGAUUGUUUUACUUUUGGGCCUUCGGGUGCGUCCUGUCUGUGAGUGCCUUUUUGAUAGAGAUAAUGUGGAAAAGGCAAACGCGUUCGGUCUGAAUUUCAUUUUAAUUACGUG